AUGGUCCGGCGCCGGCGACUUCCUUUUGACCUUCCUUCUUCCUCUCUUCCCCUUUGGCCCUCCUAUAUAUAUACACAGCUACCUCUCUCGCUUUCCUACCUAGCUAGCUUCAAUUCACUACUCAUUGACCGCCGCCGUACGUACGUCUCUAGCUCUCCCUUCGAUCAGGUCCUAGGUUUCUUGCUGACGCCCGUCCAUAUAUACACAUAGCUGAGAGUUUGCAUAGAUCGAUGAUGAAGAUGUUCGAGGAGGAUGUGGCCGGGGCGGCAGCGGCGGCGUCGGAUGAGCUAUGCCGCCUAUGCAUUGAGGGCAUCUCAAGCCCCAUAGCUGCUCACAUACUUGACUUCUGUGAUGACGGCCUGGGUGAUAACCUCUUUGCUGCAGUGACCUCUACCUCCGACCCAUUUGCAGCCUCCUCUGAGGAUGUUUCGUCUUCCUCCGCUGCCACCCCUCCUCUCUGCAGCUACAGCGAUGACAUCACAGCUGUUGCAGCAACAGCCUUCUCCCCAUUACCCUUUGACUCUACUCUCUCAGCCCUACUUGAUGAAGAGCAGAACCCUGUUCCCGAUAACGAGUUCCUCCCCCCCACUGAUGAGACACUUACAGCACCGGCAUACUAUCCAGCUGCCACAGAAGACACCAGCAUAGAGCAAUUUGGCCAGAUACAACUUCCAGAGACUAUAGCUGCACCCAUGUCGGUAAUGCAAAUGAGCAGCAUAGCACCUAUGUUGAUGUCUCUUGCUCCAGGGUAUGGCGAAGAAUGCAUCACAGCGGCACUAUCUGGAGGGUACAUGAGCCUUGAUGGAGCCCUGUAUCAGCAAACAGGGGCAAUGAUUCCAAAUUGCAAUGCAGAGGCACCACAAGUAGGGUUCUUCAAUAGUAGUAGUACUGAUAACAACGGUAUGGUGGUGCUGGAUAUGAAUGAGAUGGGUGAGUAUCAGAGGAUGAUGGAAGGUGAAGGACUGACCACAACGUAUAGUGACACAAAUUCCAUCCAAGGAGCAUAUAGUAACACUGCAGAUAUGCAGAUGGGAGGGAACAACCAGCAGCUGGUAAAUGGAUGCAACGGAAGCCCGCCAACAUUACCACCAACAGAAAUCUCAGGCUUAGAAGAUUCUUUCAAAGUUGUGCGCCUAUCAGCUGAACAGAGAAAGGAGAAGAUCCACAGGUACAUAAAGAAAAGAAAUGAGAGGAACUUCAGCAAGAAAAUAAAGUAUGCUUGCAGAAAAACUUUAGCAGAUAGCAGGCCUCGUGUCCGUGGAAGGUUCGCAAAGAAUGAUGAACUUUGUGAAGUCACAAGAUCAAGCUCCCAAAAUCAUGAACAGUACGAACAGAGCGCAGGUGCAAAUGCUGAAGACAUGCUUGACUCUUCUGAUUUUCUGGCACAUUUGAGUGGGAUAAACUCAUAUGAGUACAAGUAUAACUGUACCAUUGAAUCAUGGAUAUAAUUACCACAGCUACACAAACUGAUGUCAGCAUGUUUGUGCCACCAUAAACCAAAGUUUUCCUUUGAUCCCAGCAAAAUAAGACUACAGCUAUAGUAGAUCUGUCACAGGAGAAGUGCCUUAGUUCAAGUUAUUGUAGACUUGGUGUAUUGUAUCAAUAUGUUCUCACUUGUUGCCAUUUUUACCAGAGAACGUGAUAGUUAGUUUCCAGAGCAGUGAUUUGUA